AUGGUUCUCACAAAGGUUGGUUCAGAAUCAGAUGUCUCCGUCCACUCCACCUUUGCUUCUCGUUACGUUCGAUCAUCGCUUCCAAGGUUUAAGAUGGGGGAGAAUUCGAUACCGAAGGAGGCAGCGUAUCAGAUAAUAAACGACGAGCUGAUGCUAGAUGGUAACCCGAGGCUGAAUCUGGCAUCGUUUGUGACAACAUGGAUGGAGCCGGAGUGCAAUAAGCUGAUGAUGGAUGCGAUUAACAAGAACUAUGUGGACAUGGAUGAGUACCCUGUUACCACCGAGUUUCAAAAUCGAUGCGUCAACAUCAUUGCUCAUCUCUUCAAUGCUCCACUCGGAGAUUCUGAGACUGCCGUCGGAGUAGGAACAGUGGGUUCCUCAGAGGCCAUAAUGCUCGCAGGCAUUGCUUUCAAGAGAAACUGGCAGAACAAACGCAAAGCCCAGGGCAAACCUUACGACAAACCCAACAUAGUCACAGGGGCCAAUGUUCAGGUAUGUUGGGAGAAAUUUGCAAAUUACUUUGAGGUGGAACUGAAGGAAGUGAAGCUGAGGGAAGGGUACUAUGUGAUGGACCCUGUAAAAGCUGUGGAAUUGGUGGAUGAAAACACCAUCUGCGUUGCUGCUAUCUUGGGUUCAACCCUCAACGGAGAAUUUGAAGAUGUCAAGCUUUUGAACGAUCUUUUGGUAGAAAAGAACAAGCAAACUGGAUGGGAUACACCAAUCCAUGUUGAUGCAGCCAGUGGUGGAUUCAUUGCUCCAUUUAUUUAUCCAGAGCUUGAAUGGGAUUUCCGUCUUCCACUAGUGAAGAGUAUUAAUGUGAGCGGUCACAAGUAUGGGCUUGUAUAUGCUGGUAUUGGUUGGGUUAUUUGGAGGACCAAAGAGGACUUGCCAGAAGAACUUAUCUUCAAGAUUAACUACCUCGGAGCUGAACAACCCACCUUCACCCUCAAUUUCUCUAAAGGUUCUAGUCAAGUUAUUGCUCAAUAUUACCAAUUAAUCCGCUUGGGUUUUGAGGGUUACCAAAAUGUGAUGGAGAACUGUCGUGAUAAUGCAAUAGUCCUAAAAAAAGGAUUGGAGGAGACCGGGCGCUUCAACAUUGUUUCAAAGGACAUGGGGGUUCCUUUGGUGGCUUUCUCUCUCAAGGACAACAGCCGUCACGAUGAGUUUGAGGUUUCACACAUGCUGCGUAGGUUCGGUUGGAUAGUGCCGGCCUACACCAUGCCUGCGGAUGCACAACAUAUCACAGUCCUCCGUGUUGUGGUAAGGGAAGACUUCUCGCACACCCUGGCAGAGCGCCUUGUCAUUGACAUCACUAAGGUCCUCCAUGAGCUAGAUUCCAUGCCUGCAAGACUAAUAACUUGUGCCAAGGUUUCUGUCCCCGACACUACUACUGCUACUCCUCAAUUGAAAGUGAAAAGUAAUGGCAUCCUCAAGAAGAAGAAGAUUGUGGUGGAUAGGAAAACCAAGGUUAUUUGCUAGAAGAUACAAAAACAAAUACUCAUAAAUGUUGUUGUUAUGACACUAUUGGACAUGUGAUAACACUUUUUUAAUUAUUUUUAUUGUGGAAGAAUUUAAGCAUACUGUUAUUUCUACUUUUUUUUUUUUUUUUUUUUCAAUAAAUAAAAGAGAAUCUAUUCAUCUAAUUGAUGAAAGGAACAUUCUUCUUCUUGGAGUGAUGAUCAAGAGAACAUUUUUUUUUUUUUGGAUAAAUUGCCAUAUAUUGAGUACUGCUAUUUUUCCCGACAAAAAAAAGA